CGCCCGAGGAGAGGGACGGAGAGGGUCUUGUCUGCCCUUUAGAAACUUACUCGCGGUCCGCCCGGCUUUUGCGGAGGAGGAAUUUGGACGAGAGUCGGGGCCUUUUGACCAUUUGUGUGGCCCUGCAGGCUUUGGUAUGAACAGGAUUCGGAUCCACGUCUUGCCGACCAAUCGAGGGAGGAUCACCCCGGUUCCCAGGCCUCAGGAGCCCCUCUCUUGCUCCUUCACUCACCGCCCAUGCUCGCAGCCUCGCCUGGAGGGACAGGAGUUUUGCAUUAAGCAUAUCCUUGAGGACAAGAAUGCUCCUUUCAAGCAAUGUAGCUACAUAUCGACGAAGAAUGGGAAAAGAUGCCCCAGUGCUGCCCCAAAGCCUGAGAAGAAAGAUGGGGUGUCCUUCUGUGCUGAACAUGCCCGUAGGAACGCACUGGCACUUCAUGCUCAAAUGAAGAAGGCCACUCCAGGGCCUGUGGGUGAAGCACUCUUGUGCCAGCUGAGCUCGUAUGCUAAGACAGAGCUGGGGCCUCAGACUCCGGAAAGUAGUCGCAGUGAAGCCAGCCGAAUUCUGGAUGAAGACAGCUGGAGUGAUGGGGAGCAGGAACCCAUUACUGUGGAUCAGACAUGGAGAGGUGACCCUGACAGUGAAGCUGAUAGCAUAGACAGUGAUCAAGAAGAUCCCUUGAAACAUGCUGGUGUCUACACAGCUGAAGAAGUGGCUCUGAUUAUGCGUGAGAAACUAAUUCGUUUACAGUCUUUGUACAUUGACCAGUUUAAACGGCUUCAGCAUCUGCUCAAAGAGAAGAAGCGUCGUUACUUACAUAAUCGGAAAGUGGAACAUGAAGCUCUAGGUAGUAGUCUCCUGACUGGCCCAGAGGGACUAUUGGCCAAAGAACGAGAUAACUUAAAGCGUCUAAAAUGUCUUCGGAGGUAUCGUCAGCGCUAUGGAGUAGAAGCCUUACUACAUAGGCAGCUGAAGGAACGCAGAAUGCUGGCCACAGAUGGUGCUGCCCAACAGGCCCAUACCACUCGUUCCAGUCAGAGGUGCUUGGCCUUUGUGGAUGAUGUUCGUUGUUCUAAUCAGUCUCUUCCAAUGACCAGACACUGCAUUAAUCAUAUUUGUCAGGACACGAAUCAGGUUCUCUUCAAAUGCUGCCAGGGGUCUGAAGAGGUACCCUGCAACAAACCAGUUCCUGUAAGCCUCUCUGAAGAUCCCUGCUGCCCACUGCAUUUCCAGUUGCCUCCUCAGAUGUAUAAGCCCGAGCAGGUACUGUCUGUGCCAGACGAUCUGGAAGCCGGCCCCAUGGAUCUGUACUUGAGUGCUGCUGAGCUUCAGCCCACUGAGAGUUUACCUCUGGAGUUCAGUGAUGACUUGGAUGUUGUGGGUGAUGGUAUGCAGUGUCCUCCUUCACCCUUGCUUUUUGAUCCUUCACUAACCCUUGAAGAGCAUUCCGUCAAAGACACUGCUGACGGCCCAGUGGAUACUUUGGCAAGUGAAGAACAGCCCGGGCAGGCUUCCCUCAUGCAGCCAUGCAGCCAGGCAGCGGGUUCCCUGCUGGCUGUGCUAGCAUGUACUCCCAGAGCGGGAGGGGGGAUGAUGUCAUCACACGGAGACUGUAAAGGUGUCCCAGAUGGUAGUUCUCCAGAUAGGCUCUUAGAAAUCCCGGUUUUCAUAUCUCAGCAGGACACAUUUAUUUAGUUAGCUAGACAAGGAAUCUAGGUGCAUUGUUCCUUUUAAGGCAGAGUUCAGCACUGGAAUUGUUUUCAUCAUAGGGUAAGGAUAAGUAAUGUGAUUUGGUUUCUUUCUCUGAGCCUUGGGUGGGAUACAAAUGGCCCUGACUGAAGACCAGCACUUAUGCUAUAGCUGUUGGUUUCAAGCAGAGGCCCAAAGGACCAUCUUCCUGUGAUCUGUUGGUUGUUCUGGAAAUUCAGCACAGAAUGGCUGUUUCAUUUGGAAGAAACAACCCACAACUCUCCCUCCCAUUGGGAGUCUUAGGAAUGUUUCAAGAAAUAACAAGUAUGGGGAAGAGCAACUGUCCAGUAUUAUUUUAUUUCUGCUGUCUUGUUCUUGUUGCUAUGAUACAUGGGCAUUGAUAAGUCAGAUUCACGCUUCAGACCACAACAAAUGAAUUUGUAACCAAGGUAACUUUCUUUUAACAGGGCCAGAUGCAGAUGGCCGGAGAUGGGUGCAGAUCGCAGGGAUUUCGAAAUUCUGAGAAAGCCUCUGCACCGUUGUCUCAAAGUGGAGUGGCGA